CGGGCGCCCACCCCGUGCCUGCUACACUGACGCCACUUUGCACAUCACCAACACCAUCUUCAACACCACAGUCAUCACCUUUAUCAUCACCACCAGCACUAUAACAAGUGCUCUUACGGUUACCUGAGUUCUUACCUGUUACUUGAGCUCUUACCUGUUACCUGAGUGCUUACCUCUCACCUGAGCCCGCCACUUCUCAGGUAUAUCGUCCAGCGCACCUGUUUGAGUUAAAGCGCCUCCAGCCGUCUACAGAGCCUCACCCCGCUCAGACCUCCCGCCCGCACGCCCUGCAGCAUCAUGCCGGGCGCCGAGAACGGUCUGAGCCCCGAGGUGGAGCGGGUGGCGCGGGAGGAGCUGGGGGAGGACCCGGUCAGUAGGGAGAAUGAUAUAGAGACGGUGCGGCAGUGGCUUGUGAGGCAGCCUGGACUCAACGCUAGGACAGACCGCACCACCAUCCUCCGCUACCUCCGGGGCUGCAAGUUUUCCCUGGAGAAGACCAAGACCAAGAUGGAGGUUUACUACACGUCCAAGGGCGCCAACCCGGACAUGUUCCAAGGGCGUGACCCCCUCGACCCUAACCUUCGGUCGAUUAUAAAGCUUGGUUUGAUGGUUCCCCUGCCAGGCUACGAUGCACAGGGAAGGAAGGUCAUCUUUGGGCGCCUCGGGGGAUGGGACCCUUCGAAGCAACGCCCCGAGGACCUGUUCAAGGCCGCUGGGAUGCUCUUCGAUGUCCUCUUCCUCGACGACGAGCAAACAACCAUCAUGGGCAUCGUGCAAGCCAAUGACAUGACGGGGUUAACGCUGAACCACGUGGCCUCGCUCCCUCUCCCUCUUAUCAAACGAGUGCUGAAGACGUGGCAGAAUGGCUACCCGCUGCGGCCUAAGAGUGUUCAUUACGUGCACACACCAAGCGCCUUCGAUGCCCUCUUCAACCUGUUCAAGCCGUUCAUGAGGGAGAAGAUGAAGAAGAGGAUUCACAUUCACGGCAACAACCUCGAGAGUCUACACAAGAGCGUCCCACGAGAGAUGCUGCCCCAGGAGUACGGGGGAACGGCGGGUACCCUGGCGUCCAUUGCAGAGUACUGGUUGAGGCGCAUGGAGCACCACCGAGACUGGUUCCUAGAGGACGAAAAGUACCGCGCGGAUUCGAAGAGAAAUCGAUCCCAGGCCAACGAAGGAGGAUCGUUCAGGAAGCUCAACCUGGACUGAGCGACUGGUGGAGGGCGAGGGGGAGGAGGAGGAGGAGGAGGUGAAGGUGGUGGUAGUGGUGGAGGAGAAUGACGUGCUGGGUGUAUAUUAUGAUGGUUCGUUUUCCUUUGUUUUCUUAGCCUUUUCUUCUUCUUCAUGUGAGUUUUUGUUUUGUUUUUUGUCUUGUUUCCUUGUUUUGUUUGUUUUUCUCGGUUUGUUUUUCUUUUUUCUUUCUGUUUGUUGUAUUUUUUUCUUCUUCUUGUGGUUCUUCUUUUCUCUUUUUCAAUUUUCUUUUUUUUUCUUUUCCAAUAUUUUCCUGUUAUUUGACUUCGUUUUUCAUAUUUUUUGUCAUCUUUUUUUUCUUUAUUUUUCUUCCUUUCUGUCGUCGUUUUUUUUCUCGUUGUGAUUCUUCAUUUUCUGUCUUUCCUCUUUCAUUUUUUUUUCACUUUCUUUCCUAUACUUUUUUCUGUUGUCUUCGUUUUCUACAUAUUUGGUGAUCUGUUUUCUUUUUCUUCUUCUUUUCUGCCGUCUUUUUCUCGUUGUGAUUCUUCGUUUUUCCCUUUCAUUUUUUUUCACUUUCUUUCCUAUAUUUUUUUCUGUUGUUUUACUUCGUUUUUUUCAAAUAUAUAUUUUUGGGGAUCUUUUUUUCUUCGUUGUUUUGUUAUUUUUUUCCUAUCGAGGUCAUUUGCUUUCUUGUUUUCGUAUUUUAUUUUCUCUCUUUGUUUAUUUCUUUUGAUACUUAUUGCUUCGUUUACCUUGUUUUUCUUUUUUCUACAUAUUUUCCGUGUUUUUUUGUUUGGUUUCCUUUUACAAUAUUUUCGUCGGUGUUUUAUACAAUAUUUUCGAGGAGGAUUUUUCUUCUUUUUUCUUUGUGUCUUCCAACGAUAACCUCCCUAUUUUUUCCAACUUUUCAUUUGCUUUUCAUAUUUUUCUCUGUUAAUUACUUUCCUUCUCUAUGUUUCUUUUCCUCGUUUUUCUCCACUGUCUUAAUUUUUUUGUCUUGUUUUUUUCCCACUUUUCAUUUGUGUUUUCGAUAUUUUUCUGUUAAUUACUUUCUUUCUCUAUUUCUUUUGCUCUUUUUCCUUCAAUUUGUUUCUUUUUUUUGUGUGUUGUUCCGUGUCUUGCUCUAGUUCAUGUCUUUUCUUCAUUCUCAAGUAUUUUUUUUAUUUUUCUUAUUUUCUUACUAAGCUCUAACUUCGGUUUACCUGCCACUCUUAUUUACAUAUUGCUGUGCGUUGAUAUUUUGUUUCUGUUUUCGUUCACAUCCUUUACUCUCGUUCGUGUUUUUUCUUAUUUUCUUUUAAUUCUCGUUGAGGAUUUCGUCUUUAAUCUCCUUUUUCAAGACUGUUUUUUUUCCUGUCUUCCUUUCUUCUUUUUCUUAGUUUCUUCUUUGUUUUGUCUUUAUUCUCCCUUUUCUGUCUGUUUUUUCCUAUCCUCUUUUUUUUCUUUAAUAGUUUCUUCUUUGUUUUGUCUCUAUUCUCCUUUUUCUGUCUGUUUCUUCCUAUCUUCCUUUCUUCUUUUUUCUUAGUUUCUUUUUUGUCUCGUCUUUAUUCUCCCUUUUCUCUGUUUUCUUCCUAUCUUCCUUUCUUCUUUUUCUUCGUUUCUUCUUUGUUUCGUCCUUAUUCUCUGUUUUCCUUUCAUCUUUUCCCUCUUUCCUGUUUGCUUUUCUUCCUUUCUUUAUUUCUCGUUCAGGGUUUCUUUUUUAUUGUUUGUUUUCUUUUCUGUUAGUCUAAAAAAUCGUUCUCGGCGUCAAAACAAUGUUCUUUUUACUUUGAAACUUUUAUAUAAUUUAUUGAAUAAGUUAUGUGUAUAUAUUUUUGAAGGUUUAAGUCGGUAUUAACAUAUUUUUCCCGUUAUUUUCUCUCUCUCUCUCUCUCUCUCUCUCUCUCUCUCUCUCUCUCUCUCUCUCUCUCUCUCUCUCUCUCUCUCUCUCUCUCUUUAUAUCGUUUUUCCUCUUAUCUUUCUUCAUUUUCUUUAUUUGUUUAUUGUUCUCUCUCUCUCUCUCUCUCUCUCUCUCUCUCUCUCUCUCUCUCUCUCUCUCUCUUUAUGACGUGCUAAUAAUCGCGCUGCAUUAUUUAUUUAUUGCACUAUUUAAAGUUUGCAUAAAAAUUAAUUCUCAAAAACGAUAUGUGGAUUUUCAUCGUAAAUAACCUUGGCAAUGAGAGAAGCAGUGUGUGUGUGUGUGUGUGUGUGUGUGUGUGUGUGUGUGUGUGUGUGUGUGUGUGUGUGUGUGUGUGUGUGUGUUGACAGGAAUUAAAAGAAGAUUAUAAAUGUGUGAAUUAUAGAUGUUUGUAUGAUCGUAGUUGUUGAUGUUGUUAUUAUUAUUAUUAUUAUUAUUAUUAUUAUUAUUAUUAUUAUUAUUAUUAUUAUUGGUGAUGGUGGUGGUAGUGGCAGUAGUAGUAGUAGUAGUAGUAGUAGUAGUAGUAGUAACAGUAAUGGAAGUUGUAACAGUUGUAGUUGUUGUUGUUGUUGUUGUUGUUGUUCUAAUAUUAUUGUGAUGUGAUAGUAAUAAAGAUGAUGAUGAUGA